AUGAAGUUCCAAAUUACUCCUGCCCGUGCAGCCGCACUUGUCGCCCUCAUUGCAAGUGUCGAGGCUGCUCACCACGGCCAUGGCCACUCCCAUGGACACGUUCACGAAGCCCGUGUCGUUCCGGCAGACAACACCCUUCAGAAGAAGAGCGGCCAAUGCCAGUUCCCUACCGAUGCUGGUCUGGUUUCCAUCACUCCGAACGAGCAGAACGCUGGCUGGGCAAUGAGCCCCAACCAGCCUUGCAAGCCGGGUAACUACUGCCCUUACGCUUGUCCUCCCGGUCAGGUCUCCAUGCAAUGGGAUCCCGAGGCUACUUCCUAUAGCUACCCCAUGUCCAUGAAUGGUGGUCUGUAUUGUGACGAGGAUGGCAACAUCCAGAAGCCUUUCCCCAGCAAGCCUUACUGUCAGGAUGGUUCCGGUACCGUUAUGGCUAAGAAUAAGGCCAGCCAAUCUGUCGCGUUCUGCCAGACUGUUCUGCCUGGUAACGAGGCUAUGCUGAUCCCGACUCUGGUUGAAGAGCUGAGCACUCUGGCCGUCCCUGGUAUGUCAUACUGGUGUGAGACUGCUGCUCAGUACUACGUGAACGCCCCCGGUGUCACUGCUGAGGAAGGUUGUGUCUGGGGUACCAACGCCAAUCCAGUUGGUAACUGGUCGCCUUUCACCGCUGGUGCCAACACCGUUGCCAACGGCGACACAUACCUUAAAAUUGGCUGGAAUCCUAUCUACCUCGAGACUACCACCCCCUUCCGCGAUGUCAAACCUUCAUUUGGUAUCGAAAUUGAGUGUGAAGGCGACGGCUGCAACGGUUUGCCUUGCCGCAUCGAUCCUUCCACCAUGGCUGUUAACGAGAUGAGUGCUCCGGACGUUUUCACUGGUGCUGGUGGUGCUACUGGAUGUGUUGUCACUGUUCCCUCUGGUUCCACGGCUCACAUUGUCGUCUUCGACGUCGGUGGUGACAGUGACAGCUCCUCGAGCGAGACUGUUUCCGUUGCUACCAGCACAGUCACUACCUCGAGCACCAGCACCUCAACCUCGACUCCCACCCCAACCCCCACUGAGGUCCCGACUACCAGCUCGACUUCGACUUCCACUUCAACUUCGACCCCCACCAUCCCUGCCACCUCUAGCUCCACCGAGCAGCCCACUGGGUCUUCUUCCACCACUCAAUUGCCGAAGUUUAGUCCAUCUAUGAGCUAUACCUAUCGCCCCCACGUCCUGACCGGUUCUGCGGAGAUCUCUCUUGCCUCCAGCACUGGCUCGAGCACUGGCUCAGCCGCUGCUUCCUCCUCAUCCCCUGCUACCGGCGCUGCUACCAGCACUACUGUCUCCAUGAUGACCGUGAUCUUCGGUGCUGUGGCUGCUAUGGUCAUGAACUUCUAA